AUGCCCCGUACAGACGAAGCAGAACACUGGUUCAACGCCGUCUACGAAGCCGUUCAAGAAAUCCCUCUGGGUUGCGUAACAACAUACGGACACAUAGCGCGCUUAUUAGGAUAUCCCCGAAGAGCCCGUCAAGUAGGCAUAUGCCUCAAGCAUCUGCCCUCAAAUAGAACCAAUCGUACAUCCUCAGCAAAGGGUGGUGGCGAUGAAUCAGCAGAAGAGGACGAAAACGACGAGCAAGGAGAGAUAUACCAUCAUUUCCACGAUGAUAAUGUUCCGUGGCAGCGGGUUGUGAAUUCAAAGGGGACGAUAUCACAUCGAGGCCCCGGAAGCGCAUCUAGACAGGCUGUUGCGUUGAGACAUGAAGGUGUCACGGUUGAGCAGGAUGCGAUGGGGGAUUUCUAUAUUGACAUGGCGCGGUAUGGGUGGUUUCCGGCUAGGUUGCCGAGUGAGGAAGGGGAGAGUGAGGAUUCUGAUAGUCUGGAGGAAGAGGAGACUUAA